AUGUGCUGCUGGUGCUACUGCGAGUAAACAAACAACAUCCACCUCCCGGCCAGACAAGCCCAACCGGCAGGCGACCAGACCAGCGACUCGUUCGACCAAAUGCAGCCCUGUCCUGCCCGUCAUACAAGCCGCCGUUAAGCAUCCGCCAGCCACUGUCCUGCUGCCCCGUCCCUCGAUCGAAACCCGCCGGCUACUUCAACUGCCCAAGCCGACCUGCCUGCAUCCUCGUCCCAGACUACAACGCUCACCUCGGCACCUCGCCACGACCGCGGCCGAAGCACUGCCCUCUACCCUAGGCCACGUCUGGUUCCACUAUGCGACGCAGUCUUCUGCUUUCUCAGCACAUUGCUUCGAUUGUUUUCUAUUCGUGAAACCACCCAGCUCGGCAGCAUCCCUAUUUUCGAUCCAGCUACCUGCUCGUGGUUCUGCACCCAAAUUAGACGGUCUUAUACCAAGCCGGCAGCAUGUCUUUCCUAUUCGGCCGAGGCCGCACCAGGACAAACACUCUGGACCUCUCCAAGCAGGCGAGGGAUCAUGUCUUGAAGCUCGACGGCCCCGGCGGCCCCGCCAAGGCCGAGGAGCUUGCAAAGGUGCUCGCCCAGAUGAAACUUAUCCUCCAAGGCACACCAGAAGCAGAGAGCAGCCCAGAGCAGGUCUACCAACUGGUUCAGGGCCUCAUAGAAGAGGACCUUCUGCUUCUGUUGGCGCAGAACCUGUCUCGCCUACCUUUUGAGUCCCGCAAAGAUACCCAAGUCAUCUUCUCCUAUGUGUUCAGAUUUCGUCCACCUACGGCCUCGCCCAAGACCGAUCCUGUGGCCCUCAGUUAUGUUGUCAACAACAAACCCCAGGUUCUGCUAGAGCUCUGCCGCGGGUAUGACUCGAAGGAAAGUGCUACCCCGGCUGGCACGGUACUACGCGAGGUGCUCAAGAACGAGGCGGUGGCCGCCAUUAUUCUUUACGACGAUGGCGAAGAACCUGGUUCCAGUUUGAAGGGGGUCACAGCAAUUGACCGCGAGCGCCCGCAGAGUGGAAACGGGGUGUUUUGGAGGUUCUUUGACUGGAUCGACAAGAGUUCUUUCGAAGUCGCGGCUGACGCAUUCACGACAUUCAGGGAACUCUUGACCAAACACAAGGAACUGGUCCCCCGAUAUCUCUCGAUCAAUUUCGACCUCUUCUUUGAGAAAUACAACCACACUCUCGUACAGUCCAACAGCUAUGUGACUAAACGCCAGUCAAUCAAGCUGCUGGGAGAACUGCUUUUGGACCGGUCGAAUUAUAAUGUCAUGACGGCUUACGUCGAUCGAGGCGAACACCUCAAAAUCAUCAUGAACCUCCUCAGGGAUGAUCGGAAGAUGGUCCAGUACGAGGGGUUUCAUGUGUUCAAGGUCUUUGUGGCUAACCCCCACAAGUCUGUUGCUGUUCAGAAGAUUCUGUUGAUGAACCGCGACAAGUUGCUCAAUUUCCUAUCACACUUUCUGGAAGACCGAACAGACGACGAGCAAUUCAUCGAUGAGCGCGAGUUCCUCAUCAAGCAAAUCCGCAACAUGCCGUCACAGCCGGUCCCACCCACACGGCAGCUGAACCACGGCAUGUGAUCGCAGCUCUCUUUGUGUUGCCAGUUCCCUUUCAUACGGCGUGCUGGCCAUUACGGCGUGCUGGCAAUGGCCAGCACAAGGUGUUUAUUCACAAACACGCGUAGCGCGAGCUCGUGAGCGUGGAGAUGCAGGUAGCACGUUGAAGCUGCCAUGCCAGUCAUCUUUUGAGCACAGCAGUAGAGACGUUCAUAGAUGCAUGAGCUUAGGCGUUUGGGAUGUUUUUAGCAGCGACAUGUUCCUUGUCGCUCUUUUUUCUACCUUGACUUUUUAGACUUCAGCAAAUACUUGAGCACGAGGCAAAGAUAUUCCCAAUAAAGUUUGAACUCCUUUCACUGAAC